AGAGAGAGAGAGAGAGUAUACGCUAAUACAGACAGCAUAAUCUGAUCUGAGGUAAGUGGGUGUAUGUCUGUGUGAACUAAACACUCAGAUAUUGCGAUUUGCGACCAUAUAUCAUUUUUCUAUUUUCAAGAAUCUCAAACGCAAUUGAAAAAUCCAAAAGAACGACAUCACUUCGAUCCAUCGUCUCUCUCUUCUCUUUCUCUCAGAUUCAAUCAAUCAAGUGAGCCCUCUCGUUAAUUUCACCACCACCCUUGCUCGUUCUAAACCCCUUUCCCCCACCACACACAUACACACACUGUCCAGUCUCCUCCUGAAUUUUCUGUAUAAAUAACGGGAAGAAAGUCAGCAUAAAUUGCUGUAUAGACAUUGGGUUUGGUAGAUACACACAGAUUUGUAUACAUACAUUUGGUUAGUAGUAGUGUGUCGGGGAGAAACGAGUGUUGGGGAUUGGAAUGGCGGCGUCUUCGGUGGUGUGUUCGUGGCUUAUGGCCGCAUGCAUGUCAGUUGCUUGUGAAAAGGACUCUUCCAUUUCCAUGCUGUCGACGCCGUCGUCUAAUUCAUCCCGCAUCAGCAAAUGGGCGGCGCGUCGCAGGAAGAGGGCUCUUGCUAAAUGUGCUCCGCAGUUGUCUGGCACCCGGAAUCUCAUGACUUCUUGCUUGGCGUUCGAGCCCUGCGAUCGCUUCUAUGAAUCUUCGGAUGCCUCUGAAUUUUUCUUUGGCUUCGGAUCGAGGAAUGCUCUACUGCAUCGAAGGCGCAGGAAAUUCCAGCGGCCCACUGCCCGUUCUGGAGAAGCAAUGGCAAUAGCUGUACAUCCGGCCAUGGAAGUUACACCCAAGAAGAAACCUUCAACCAAGCAAAGGAGAGUGGUUGUGACAGGUAUGGGUGUGGAGACACCACUUGGUCAUGAUCCAGAUACCUUCUACAAUAACCUGCUUGAAGGAGUCAGUGGCAUUAGUGAGAUAGAGGCUUUUGACUGUUCCCAGUACCCAACAAGAAUUGCUGGAGAGAUCAAGUCAUUCUCAACAGAUGGCUGGGUUGCUCCCAAACUUUCCAAAAGAAUGGACAGGUUCAUGCUUUACAUGCUAACAGCAGGCAAGAAGGCUUUGGCUGAUGCAGGAAUUACAGAAGAUGUCAUGGAUGAAUUAAAUAAAGCAAGAUGUGGAGUGCUGAUCGGUUCUGCUAUGGGUGGAAUGAAGGUCUUUAAUGACGCAAUUGAAGCUUUGCGGAUCUCCUAUAGGAAGAUGAAUCCAUUUUGUGUACCUUUUGCAACCACAAACAUGGGCUCUGCCAUGCUUGCUAUGGAUCUGGGUUGGAUGGGCCCAAACUACUCCAUAUCUACUGCCUGUGCUACAAGCAACUUCUGUAUACUGAAUGCUGCUAACCACAUCAUCAGAGGUGAAGCUGAUAUGAUGCUUUGUGGUGGCUCAGAUGCUGUAAUCAUACCAAUUGGAUUGGGAGGCUUUGUUGCUUGCAGAGCACUGUCUCAGAGGAACACUGAUCCUACUAAAGCCUCGCGUCCCUGGGAUAGUAGUCGGGAUGGAUUUGUUAUGGGAGAAGGAGCUGGAGUAUUACUGUUGGAAGAACUUGAGCAUGCUAAGAAAAGAGGUGCAACUAUCUACGCUGAGUUUCUUGGUGGAAGCUUCACUUGUGAUGCUUAUCACAUGACAGAGCCUCAUCCUGAAGGAACCGGUGUAAUUCUGUGCAUAGAGAAGGCUCUGGCUCAGUCAGGAGUAUCUAAGGAAGAUGUCAAUUAUAUAAAUGCACAUGCAACAUCUACUCCAGCUGGUGAUCUGAAGGAAUAUAAAGCGCUUAUUCAUUGUUUUGGGGAGAAUCCAGAGUUAAGGGUGAACUCCACAAAAUCUAUGAUCGGGCACCUGCUUGGAGCAGCUGGUGCUGUGGAGGCUGUUGCAACUGUGCAGGCAAUUCGGACAGGCUGGAUUCAUCCCAAUAUCAAUCUUGAAAAUCCAGAUGAUGGUGUGGAUACAAAUGUGCUGGUGGGGCCAACAAAAGAACGACUGGCAAUUAAGGUGGCUUUGUCUAAUUCAUUUGGGUUUGGCGGCCACAAUUCAUCAAUUUUAUUUGCUCCAUUCCAGUAGAUUUUGUGGUGCUUAAAUUAGAAAGAAUCGCUCCAAAGUGUCUUUGGUUGGCAUUCUUAUGUUCCUUGGGUUGAUUGAUCGGAGACAAAGGGAAAAGAAAUGCCCUUAGAUGCGAAGGGGCAAUGGAAACUCGUAGGUCCUCCAGAUUGUAGUUGUGGUGCUCUUUUCAUCGUUGUAACCACUAACCUUGGAUUUAGAUUGAAUUAGCUGUUUUAGAUGUACUAGUGAAACAAAGAUUCCUAACCUGUAUGAUUAAAUUUUGACUUGGAAUUUUAUGGCAUCAUUGAAAACAUGUCAUGUCUGCAA